AUGCCCUCGACGUCUCCAGCUCGUGGACAGGCGGAUGACAGCCAAGUCAUCGUCACGUACGACCCACUGCGUCUCCAAGCAUCCGGCGACCAUCCGACAGCGUGGAGCGAGGCGAACAUGGGCGGGAGGCGCGCGCAGACGACGCACGAACGUACCUGGCAGACGCCUAGCAAUGCUUACACUCCCCCUUUUCCAUUCUGCGCAGCGCACCGUGGAGGCGAUAACAGGAGCCGUCUCAAAUCGUCGAGUCGAUGGGGCCCUUACACAACUCUCCCUCUCUCACAGGUCAUCGACGUCACCACCUCUGGCACACACGCCUCGAUGACACCACGUCGCGACUCUCCCUCUCUCACGCAGCCUCUCACUACGCUACUCUACGCAUUCGCACUCGCAUUCCCGCGUCAUCCUCUCUCUCUCUCUCGCAUGCCAUCCCCACUCGCAUACUCACCCCGUCGCAUUCCUUCGCUCCCCUCCAACGCCUUCCAACGCCGUCCACCUGGCAGAUCAAAGCCCACCCCACUUCCAUCCUUGUCCACCAACGCACGCAAACCUCGACCCCACCCUUCCUUCGCCCAAUACACCUCCCUACUCACGUCGUCAAACCCGCAAACCGUCGCUGUGGAUGGUCUGCAGGGAACUCUCAGAUCCCUGUUUACGACAACUAGCGCCCACUCGUUCGCUAGCCGUCCGAUCCGUCCGAUCCCAACUCCAACGCACUCCCUUCCCGCGCCAACGCCUCCGUCUCCACUCGCACACACCACCGUCACCGCCGCCGUCCCCAUUCGUAUCCCCGCCGCCGUUCAACCCACUACACCGCCCGCGCACUGA